AUGAUUCCAUUCUUAUUGAUAUUUCAAAUUUCUAGAAUUUAUCCAAUUCUAUUAGUAACUAUUGGGCUCUUUGUUUGCAUAAUUAUUACAAUACCUGUAUAUGUCUCAUUUCAUCGAAAAGCUUGGGAUACAAAUAAUGGUGAAAGAAAGCUAAUCACAUUGUUACCAGAAUUUCUGCGGUUGAGUGAAAAGUUACAGCAAACUGAUGAUGAAGAAGAAUAUGAUAAUGAGUGGGUGGUAGAAGUCAUGGGUGGACCACAAGAAGCAAAAGAUAUCGCUCGGAUGGUCGGAUAUAAAUAUAUUGCUCCUGUAUGUUUUAUGUUUCCAUACCGCAAUAUUAAAAGUUAG